UACACUGCUGACAAUUAAACAAUUGACAAUGUGACGAUGCCACCACCAGCACCACCAUCGUCCGUGACUACACCCCCACCACAACCCCGCCUCCUCCUCGGGGCGUUACUCUUGUUGUGUGUGGAUCUGAUCUGGGUGCUUUCCAGCGAACUCUCGGACCACAUUUAUCACGAUGAACAUUUCGAUAAGCCGUUCUUCACGGUGUUUGUCAAGACGGGGAUGUUCAUCGUGUUUUUAGUGGGGAGGGUGGGGGUCGUGGGUGGGCAGGGGAAUGGGUUGGGCAGUGGCGGUGGCAGUGGGGAUUAUAGGUUACUAACGGAUGCGGAUGAACCCACAACCUCACAACCACCACAAUCAACGAUAGAAACCCACUCCACCUCCCCCUCCACCUCCGACACCGAAGAAGAACUAAUCAUCGCUCCCACACUCAGCCCCUCGGCCUUCGUCCCCAUAAAUUACGAGGACAACACGAGCGAUGAGGGGAAUGGCAAAGUCAAAUUUAGUCGGGUGGCCGAGGUCCGCCACUGCAGUCCAAAGGACGCCACGGCCGCUACCCUCUCCCGAAUGUCGUACCACGCUUCCCUCGCCGUCCAGGACUCCCUCGCCAGAAAUGCGGACAAACUCACGACGACGGAGACGGCCAGGGUCGCUCUGGCUUUUUGCGCAAUGUGGUUCCUUGCAAACUACACCUACGCGCUGGCCAUUUCCACAGCCACCUCCCAAGUGGCUCUAAUCAACGUCUUGUCCUCCACCUCAUCUUUAUUCACCCUUGGCCUAUCCGCCGCCUUCCCCUCGACCCCGUCGGACAGGGUCACCUUGUCGAAGUUAUUUUGUGUUCUCGUUUCCAUUUGUGGGGUUGUCGUGGUGAGUUUUAUGACGAGGGAAAAUGGGGUGGAGGUGAAGUUAGGGGCCGGUUGGGCUCUGGUCAGUGCGGGGUUCUAUGCGGCGUAUUUAGUAUUUCUGAGGAGGGCCGUGGGCGGGAGGGAGGGACGGAUGGAUGUGUUUCUUUUCUUUGGAUUCGUGGGGCUGUUCAACGUGCUCCUGCUCUGGCCGCUCUUCCUGCUCCUUCACUACUCCUCCUUUGAGGUGUUCACAUUCCCCUCCCAGCGCCAGUGGGGGUUUCUUCUAGUCAAUGGGAUUUUGGGCACGGUCUUCAGCGAGGUUCUGUGGGUUUGGAGCUGCCUGCUGACCUCCUCACUAAUCGCGACGCUGGCCAUCACCCUCACGAUCCCCAUGUCCAUGAUAGCCGACGUGGUGUUCAAGGGUGCGUCGUAUAAUUAUUGGUUUUACAUUGGGUCCAUUCCUGUGCUGGUGGGGUUCGUGGGGGUGACUUUGUUGGGGGUGGGGGACUGGGAUCCACUAGGGGAGGGGGUUUGUCGGAAGGAGGAAGAAGUGGGAAGAGGAGAAGUGGAAGACACCACGACGUUGUUGGAGAAUAGUGAAAUUAAUUCUUAAGAUUUUUUUUGUAGUGUAUUUUUAGUUUGUGUCCUCAAUAAAUGUGGGAUUUGAGAUUGUA